UCAGUGUGUGUUUGUGUGAGUCAAAAGUGUGGGUCUGCAGCUCGGCUACAUUUUAUGGGAAAGUCAGUUUCCCACCAUUGUGUCCUCAGCGGUUGCCAGACACUCACAGGGCUUGUAGGCUGAUGUGCUGUACUGUGUUGUGUGUGUGUGUAUAUGUGUGUGUGGAGAACAGACGCUGCUGGUUUCAGAGAGCAGCACAGGAAGAGGCAGAGUUCAGAUCGCGUUGGAGUCUCUGAGGUGAAGGCAGGCAGCUCUUUCAAACCUGCGAGUGUCCGGCUGCCUAUCUGGACUGGUUUUAUUUUUUCCAUCCUGUGGUUGUGGUUUGUUGACGUCCUGCUUUUGAUUUUGAGCGUGGCGGUUCCCGGUGUGGCCUAGCCAGUGGUGCUAGAGGCAGUGGUGAGCUACAGGGCUGCGUGCCAUGGGCUGUGUCUUCUCCCUGCCAGAGGACGGGAGAGAUGCUACUGAGAGAGCACCCACCACAAGAGAGACAAGUUUCAUUGAGAAAAUGAAGAAAACAGGCAAGAACAUCAUUGUGUUCUACGGCUCUCAGACGGGCACAGCAGAGGAAUUUGCUAACAGACUGUCCAAAGACGCUCAGCGCUACGGCAUGAAAGGAAUGGCUGCCGAUCCAGAGGAGUAUGACAUGGGGGAACUGUCCCGUCUGUCGGAGAUCGAAAACGCCCUCGCCAUAUUUUGCAUGGCCACCUAUGGUGAAGGAGACCCAACAGACAACGCCCAGGACUUCUACGACUGGCUGCAGGAGAAUGAUGAUGAAGACCUGUCCGGACUAAACUACACUGUAUUUGCUUUGGGCAACAAGACAUAUGAACACUACAAUGCAAUGGGGAAAUAUGUCGACAAACGGUUGGAAGAACUGGGAGCCAAGCGCAUCUUUGAUCUUGGCUUGGGAGAUGAUGAUGGCAAUCUGGAGGAGGACUUCAUUUCGUGGAGGGAGCAGUUCUGGCCGGCCGUCUGUGAGCACUUUGGAGUAGAAGCCUUGGGAGAUGAAUCAAGCAUACGGCAGUACGAGCUGAAGGAGCACACUGACAUCAACAUGAACAAAGUGUACACGGGAGAGAUUGGCCGCCUGAAGAGCUUCGAGGUCCAAAAGCCGCCCUUUGACUCAAAAAAUCCUUUCCUGGCUCCAGUCACUGUCAACCGCAGACUCAACAAAGGUGGUGAUAGACAUCUCAUGCACCUGGAACUAGACAUAACAGGCUCCAAGAUCAGAUAUGAGUCAGGAGACCAUGUAGCUGUUUUCCCUACAAAUGACUCAGCACUGGUGAACAAGUUGGGACAAAUCCUUGGAGUGGACCUUGAUGUGGUUAUCUCUCUCAACAACCUUGAUGAUGAGUCCAACAAGAAGCACCCUUUCCCCUGCCCCACCACCUACCGCACGGCCCUCACUCACUACCUGGACAUCACACAUCCUCCUCGCACCAACGUCCUCUACGAGCUGGCACAGUACGCCUCUGACCCCAAAGACCAGGAGGCCAUGCGCAAGAUGGCCUCCUCUUCCCCCGAGGGCAAGGCGCUCUACCAGAGCUGGGUGUUGGAUGCCAGUAGAAACAUCCUCGCCAUCCUGGAGGAUAUGCCUUCUUUGAGGCCUCCCAUUGACCACCUGUGUGAGCUGAUGCCUCGUCUCCAGGCUCGCUAUUAUUCCAUCGCCUCCUCCUCAAAGGUUCAUCCCAACAGCAUCCACAUCUGUGCUGUAGUGGUGGAGUACAAGACUAAGACAGGCCGCAUCAACAAAGGAGUUGCCACCAACUGGCUGAAGAACAAACUGGUCACUGAUAAUGGCCACAAGUCCACCGUACCCAUGUACAUCCGCAAGUCUCAGUUCCGCCUGCCCUUCAAAGCCACCAACCCAGUCAUCAUGAUCGGCCCUGGGACAGGAAUCGCUCCCUUCAUGGGCUUCAUCCAAGAGAGGGGCUGGCUCAAACAGCAAGGAAAGGAGGUGGGAGAGACGGUGAUGUAUUUUGGCUGCAGACAUAAGAAUGAGGAUUAUAUCUACCAGGAGGAGCUGGAAGAAGCAGAGAGGAAUGGAGUCCUCACACAGCUUAAAGUCGCCUUCUCCAGAGACCAGGAGCACAAGGUGUACGUGCAGCAUCUCCUGAAGAACAAUAAGGAGGAUCUGUGGAAACUGAUUCACACAGAAAACGCUCACAUCUACGUCUGCGGGGAUGCAAGGAACAUGGCAAAAGAUGUGCAGACGACCUUCCACGAGAUCGCGGAAGAAAUGGGAGGCAUGAUGCGAACCCAGGCCACAGAUUACAUCAAGAAACUGAUGACCAAGGGACGUUACUCACAAGAUGUCUGGAGUUAAAGAGCCUCAAACCCAGCCUCAUUCUCACUACUCAAGUGGUGGUUUUAAAUUUUCUAUUUUUAUUGUAUGUCUUGUUUUAUCAGGACUGAAUAUAUAUAUAUUAAAAAAAAAACACUUCAUACUCACCCUGGUUCAUGAAAGCUACAGGUAGCAGAAGAUCAUGAGGCAAACCCUACCUCAGCAGGUUGUAAUAAACCCAUUCAGCAAUUUCAAUCUGUAUUUCCUAUUUAUACUACAUUUUGUAUCUGGACCCACCAACCUGUGUCUGCUGGAGUCCUCACUUGAGCCAUGGUCUCAGACCAAACAACAGUUAUUCUAUCUGGUUUCCAGAGACCUGGUAAGAGAUACAUAUGAAUGAAUGAAUGAGUUGGUGUAAUCGGGCGUUUGACUGCAACGCUCGGUUAAGAUGUAGGAAGCUGCUGGCUUGAGUAAAAUAAGAAUGACAAGAUGCAAUUGCAGGAAAUAGUCAUCUUCCUCUCGGAUUCAAUUUUGAUUCGACUUUUUUUUUUUUUUUAUGCUAACAAGUCGGUCAGUUUUUUAAACUAACGAUGACUCUGACCCGUCAGUGGACAGGGACACAUGAAUCCCAACCUCUGGAUGUCUGUACAUACUAUAAUUCCACUGUGAAAGUAAAGAUUCAAACUGAAAGUUUGUAGAGCUCAUUCAUUAUGCCAACAUGAGUUGCUUGUAACUUUCAUCCAGCUGAUUAACAGACUGUAGACGUAACACCUCAGCAGAUAAUAUCACAUCAUAUGUCUAAGUGAAUAUCGUGAGCAUUGUGUUCUUGUUGCAGUUUGAACACUGGAGAAGCUUUAGACAUGAAAGGGUGCUGACUUUAGUUUCACUCAGAGCUGACCUAGCAGUACUGAAAAUACUUCAAAUAUUUUAAACACUUUGGAAAAAAUUCUUUGAGGAAAAUGUUUGGUGUAACAAACUGGCAUCAUAGGUACAAAUAAUGUGUUUACCUUUGUAUUUUGACAAGGGAUUUUGCCUUUUAUGCAUAAGUUGCUGUUCAUGUUAAUCAGUAACGGUGACCUUCGGGGAGGCACAGAAGUGUUGCAAAGGGAGAGAUCAUUUAAAGAAAAAAACAUGAAAUUAUUUGCAUUUUGUUUCCCAUAAAAGCCUGCCUUUAAACAUGAUGAAAAUGAAUUUGUAGGUACCCUGUAAUAUUUGUAAAAUGUUAAAACAUUGACUUGAAACCACAUCUAACCUCCCAAAAGGCAAUUUAUUUUAUAUGCAUCUGACAGGCAACCACCUCUGUUUGGCAUUAUCUGUAUUUUUUUUUCAUUAUUAUUUUCUUUGACCAAUCAUAUAUGCAUCACUACAUGAAAAAGAUAACCAGACAUAUCAAAACAUUUUGUGUCUUGCAGCAUCUGUCAUCAGUACUUUUAUGUGAACAUGCGUAGUUUGAUGAGGUCACCCAGUCGGUUAAAGUGCAGCCUGUGCCUUUUUAACACUGCCUAAUGUAUUAAGUUAGCAUUCAUUUCUGACGCUUCACUGUCUUUUUAAGUUUUUUUUCUCUCCUGUGCUAAAAUUUUGAUAGAAAGUCAAAUUCAUCUGAGACACUUUACCCAGCGCUGUCACUUUUUGUCAUUCCACUUUAUGAUGUAAUUAUUUGAUUGUAUUGAGGCAUGCAUUUUUUUAAUGAAUAAAAUUGGAAUAAUUUGC